UUAUCCUGAAGCAGCUGCUAAAUCAAGGAACGAGAAACAGACUCGUCAGCGAUUUCGGCGCCUGGCACAGCACAUCCGCGGUCCGUGUGGCCCGGCGCCCGGCCUCCCAGCGCAACAAACGAUGUAACGAAUGUUCUGCAUCCCCUAAGACUGCGUCUGAGCCCCGGCUGUGCCCGCGUUCCUGGGUCACGCGCUAGGACACGCACACGUCCUAAGUGUCGCUCCGGGUUAUUACCAUCGUUUUCAACCUGCGGGCUCCUCUGGAUUGCGUAACCGUUUCCUGCAGCGGACGCCCGCCCCCUGAGAUGGAAGAAGGUGCUGGCCUGUUCCCCGAGGUGGAGCUCCUGGAGGGCGUCCCACAAGUGGACGAUGAAAGAGAUGAGCUGGAGGACCCGGAGUUCGAGGUGGAGUCUCCCCAUCAGGAAGCUGAGAGCCAUGCUGGCUCGGGAGGCUGUGCGGAGAAGCAGCAGAAGGCCGACGCUGAAAGAAGGAAGAAGGUGACCGUCCAGGACAGGAUCCGGGCCUCUGAGCUGCGGAAGGACUUGAGCCGCCUGGAUAAGCUGCACAGAGACAAAGAUCUCUUCAUUCAGAAAACAAGAGGGGAGCUGCGCGCUUGCCGCCAGCGGAUGGACCUCAUCACCAGGCAGCAGGAGGGUGUGGCGGCCGAGCUGGCUACAGAGAAAGAGGCCAACCACACCGCAGCCGUGGGCCGCCUCCAGGCCAUGUCCCGAUGCCUGUGCACGGAGCUGGAGAACGAGAGGGACCUGCAGGCGAAAAUCAGGGCCGUGCUGAGGGAAAGCGAGAGCACCAUGUGGCACAUCGGGAUCCAGGAGGGCAAGCUGGAGGUCCUGCAGAAGUCCGCCCGAGAGGAGCAGGAGGCCGCCGGGCGGUGCCUGCAGAUGCAGGCGGCCAAGCAGCUCAGCCAGGAGAAGGCGGCCUGGGGGAAGGCGGAGAGGAACCGGCUGCUGAGGGUCAGGAAGUCCACGCACCUCCAGAAGGAGCAUGGGCUGAGGCACCAGAAGCUGGUGGAAGACGCCAGGAGGAACCACAGGGUGGCGGUGAAGUUCCUGAAGGCCUCGCUGGGAAGGAUUCAGGAGCAGGAGAGGGAGCAGGAGCUGGAGAACCGCAAGCAGCUGAGGAGACGCAUGGACGCCGUGCUCGCCCUGAAAAACAGCAUCACCGCCAACCGGGAAACACUCCGGAAGUUUCGCGCGUGGGGCCAGGCCAGGGCCGAGCUGGCCGAGAAGAAGGUCAAGGCCGAGAAGCAGGAGAUUCUGGCCCAAGGUGGGGACGCUUUCAGGCACCUUUCCCAUCAACGCCGGCUCCAGGAGCUGGACGCCCAGAAACGGGCCUUUGAGGAGGAGCAGAAGCUCAGGAAGCAGGAGAUCGUGAGCCGGAUUUUACAGGAGGAGGCCGAGGAGAGCAGGCGGAAGAGGCUGCCCCCUCCAGCCAGCGCCACAGACCGGCCAACCCUGAGAGACAAGACUUGGGGCUACCUGGCCGACCUCAGCGAAGGGAAGACCCCCGCAGCUGCCUCUGUGUCCCCUCCUGGCCAGGAGAGCAGCAACGGUCCGUUCGUGGGGCUGACCCCAGCCGUGUCCAUGGAGUCCACCCAGGGGGACACCGGGAAUGCCAACUGGGACGACCAAACACUGGCCGAGCCAGAGAUCUCCGGGCUUUGGAACAAGGAUUAUAAGUCGCACCAGGUGCCCAAAGAGGACGUGGACCGGAAGCCCGUGCACGGGACCAAGAUGGACAAAGACAUCCUGGGCCGCGCCAUGGAGCGGCUGCGCAGCGGGGUCAUCCACAAGCAGGUGGUGUCCGGGCGCGAGUUCAAAGGCUGUCCCUUCAACUGCAAGCCCAAGCUGGUCCACUUCAAGGACUUCGACGUUGGCAAAGUCUACAGGAAGAAGAUGACUCUCAUCAACGCCACCUACACCAUCAACUACUGCAAGCUGGAGGUGAGUCCCGGCCUGGCCGGCGGGUCCCCCUCGGGUGCCACGAACCGUGACUGUUCUCGGAGAUCUAAUCGCGGACGCGCCGUGUGUCCUUGUGCCUGCAGCUUUGACCCCCCUGGUCCCAUGUCGGCCGGUAUGUCCUGCGAAGUGCUUGUCACCUUCAAGCCCAUGAUCGAAAAAGACCUGGAAGGAAAUAUCUCGUUUCUGGCUCAGACGGGCAGGUUUUCGGUCCCACUGAAGUGCUCCACAAAGCAGUGCUCCCUGUCCCUGGACAAGGAGCUCAUCGACUUCGGCAGCUACGUGGUAGGUGAGACCACAUCCAGGGUCAUCACCCUGACCAACACCGGGGGCUUGGGCACCGAGUUCAGGAUCCAAGCGGCGUCCCAGUCCUGCGAGACGGACUUCACCCAGUUGGUCACGAGAAUGAGCAGCGUCUUCAUGUCCGACGACAGAGGCGCCUACGAGAAGGGCGUCUCCAGUGUGUCUGAGCAUCAGAUAGACGGCAACGACUCCUCUCUGGGGGACGUGCGCAGCCAGAAGGAGCCGGACGAGGUGCACACUGCAGAAUCAGACGAAAUGACCACCAUCCUGGCCAUAUUCCCCAAUGAGGAGCAGUCGGAGAUCUUGCUGGGAGAGAUCACAGAGGGUGAGAUCGGCCCCUUCAGCUCCAUCAAGGUGCCCAUCGUCUUCUCCCCGGUCAGCCCAGGAGCCGUCCAGAGAAGGUUCAGGAUCACGUUCAAGAAUCCGCAGUGCCCGACAUUACAUUUCAGAGUCAUCGGCGUUGCUAUUGACGUGCCAGUUUGGGUGCCGAAGCCCAACGUGGACCUGAAGAUCUGCAUGUACGACCGGCUCUACCAGGACACCAUCCUCGUGCACACACGGUCGAAAGCAGCCCUGCGCCUGAAGUUCGAGGUGUGCAAGGAGCUCAGGGGCCACAUAGAGCUCCUGCCGGAGAUGGGCUACAUCCAGGCCCAGUCGUCCUACUCCGUGCAGCUCAAGUUCCUGCCGCGACACUCCCUCCCCAAAGACGCAGACAAGUACUUUGACACGGAAAGCAGAGUUCUGGAUGCCCCCAUGACGAUCCGGGUGGCUGACCAGGUCAAGCCGGUGGAGUUCACCGUCCACGCCGUCGUCACCACCUCCGACCUGGAGCUCAGCCCCUUGGAGGUGGAUUUCGGCUACUGCACCAUCUACGAGGCCAUCAGGACCUCAGUCAGCAUCUGCAACCUCUCCCUCCUGCCCCAGGAGUUCGGGUUCGUGGGGCUCCCCAAGUUUGUGGACAUCCAGCCCAACGACGGGUUUGGGACGAUCCUGCCGCUGGAGACCGUGGACCUGGACCUGAUCUUCCAGCCCACCAAGGCCAAGGAGUACAGCUUCGAGCUCGUCUGCAAGUCGGAGAUCAACCGGUGCUUCAAGAUGACAUGCCGGGCCGUGGGAGUCCACCCGCCCCUGGAGCUGUCCCACUACCAGGUCAAGUUUGCGGCCACGUCUUUGUAUGACACGUCCGUGGCCACCCUGUACGUCAUCAACUCCCACCUGAGCAUGAACUCGCUGACCCACUCUGUGCCCCGCAUCGGCUCGGAGGACACCUGCCCCGUGGGGCCCACCUCCUUCGAGUUCCUGCUGCCCCCAGACUCGCCCAUCACCAUCUCACCCUCCGUAGGGACUGUGUUGCCAGGGAAGAGAUGCCUGGUGCAGGUGGCCUUCCGGCCUGCGCUGCCUCUGGAGCAGAUCCGCCAGCAAGCCUUCCAGGCCCAGACUAAAGAUGGGGAGGUCAAGCUGGCCCGCAGGGAACCGGCCACCCCAAGGAGGGACCCGCGGAGACUGUCCCUGUCCCUGCUGCGGCUGCACAGCCGAGAGCGACACUACCGGUCCUCCACCUCCCACGCCCCUCGUCAGCAGAAGCUGGAGCUGAAGAUCAGUUCUGAGGAGUACCAGGUUGCCCAGGCCGCCCUGACCAGGUCUUUCCAGGGGAAAUUUGACAAGUUUGUGGUCCCCUGUGUUAUCGCCAGUGGUGACAUCGAAGACAGGAAGGGGACAGAACCCCUGAGCUUCAGUCCCCACAACACCCUGUACCUGGAGCUGUGGUGUCCCACGGUGGCACCGUCCAUCGUAGUGACGUCUGACAAAGGCAAGACCAUCUCCAACUUCGGUGACGUCGCUGUAGGACACAGAGGCAUAAAGAAGGUCUCCAUCCAGAACAUCUCCUCGGAGGACCUGUCUGUGGACUUCUCUGUGCUGAACCCCAACGGCCCCUUUGUCCUGCUGAACCCCAUCAGCAAGCUGCCUGCUGGAGAGACCCAGGUUCUGGUGCUGUCUUUCUCUCCCCACGAGAGCACCCUGGCCCAGGAAACACUGGACAUCAUCACCAAGAGAGGCACACUCUCCCUGACCCUCCUGGGCACCGGCGUGGCAUCCAUGAUCACCUGCUCCAUCGCGGGGGACGUCCUCAACAUGGGCUACGUGAUUGCCAGAGAGUCUGUCUCCUCCAGCUUCAAGCUGCAGAACAAGUCCACGCUGCCCAUCAAGUUCUCCAUGCGGCUGGACAGCCUCUCCAGCACCAAGCGCGACCACCAGCAGCUGCCACAGUUCCUGGUCUCCCGGGACCAGAGGGCAGAAGUCGUGGGCACCCAGAACCUCAACGGCCAGAGCGUGUUCAGUGUGGUCCCGGUGGAGGGCGUCCUGGACCCCGGUGCGGCCCAGGACUUCACCGUGACCUUCAGCCCCGACCACGAGAGCCUGUACUUCUCCGACCGGCUGCAGGUCCUGCUCUUCGAGAAGAGAGUCUCCCAGCAGAUCCUCCUGAAGGGCGCGGCCCGGGAGCACAUGAUGUUCAUCGAGGGCGGAGACCCCCUGGACGUGCCGGUGGAGUCCCUGACAAUGAUCCCCGCCAGCGACCCGGAGCACAGGGAGGGUGACCCCCAACCAGACCCUCCAUCGCCAGAAGCUGAGGAGCUGAAGCCCAUUCUGGUGACCCUGGACUACGUUCAGCUGGACACCGACACUCCGGCCCCACCUGCCACCCGUGAGCUGCAGGUGGGCUGCAUCCGCACCACCCAGCUGUCCCCAAAGAAGACAGUCGAGUUCAGCCUGGACAGCAUCACAUUCCUGCAGCACAAGGGCUUCACCAUAGAGCCCUCCAAGGGGUCCGUGGAGCGCGGCCAGACCAAGACCAUCAGCAUCUCCUGGGUGCCGCCCACCGACUUUGAUCCCGACCACCCACUCAUGGUGUCAGCCCUGCUGCAGCUCAGGGGGGACGUGAAGGAGACCUACAAGGUCUUCUUCGUGGCCCAGGUGCUGACUGUCCCCUGAAGUCACAGGAGUCUCUCUGCGGAGCCCCCUAGACCCUCCUGCCCACCCUCCCGGUCUGUGGGCCAGCCCAAAACCCCAUGGGCCUGGGACCUGGGCAUCCCCUGCUGGGCAGGUUCGACUGGGCAGCCCUCCCAUAACCACACGGCCGGGGCACCCAGCCCCACAG